AUGAAUCCUUUUUUUUUCUUUUUUACUUGGAGGAAUCCUAUUACGGACUUCCCGUGCCUGGGCAAAUUUAGUGACACGGGGGUGUGUGGGGCUCGACCUAAAGGCGUGCGGCCACUACCCACUAAACCUCCAAGGCCCAACCUCUCUCCGCUGAGUGCCGAAGCCACGGGAACAAUCAUACGACCGCGACUCCGGCGACGGGUGACCGCUGGCCAGCUGACCAGCCGUCUCCUGUUCGUUCUCUCGUUCUCCGCUACUACUCCGCGGUGCGCAGAGGUGUACGCACCACGGACCGCUCGGGGACUCGUUGCAGUUGCUGUGAGGCGGCGGUGUGCCCACACCGUCACCUCGAGUACUCCAGGCUAA